UUAGGAUGUGGAUAUCACAGGGUUUCAUUCAGAUGAAAAAUGGCAGAAGCAUGGAGGAUUGUGGUAAAGAGUAUUUCAAACAACUUUUGUUGAGGUCAUUCUUUCAGACUGUCAAGCAAGGAAACAAAAGGCUCUAUCUCAUGCAUGACUUGAUUCAUGACUUGGCACAAAUGGUUUCUGAUGGUGAUUGUGGGAGGGUCGAAGGUGACAUGUCCAAAAACAUACUGCCAACCAUCAGACACUUGUCAGUUUCAAGUAACUGUUUAGGAAAGAUAAAAAAUCAAAACUAUCUGAAGAGAUUAAGGACACUGAUUGUGUUUAGAGAUCCUUUGAUGCCCCCGAGUCCUAUCCCAGAUGGUUUUCUUGCUGAGAUAAAGAAUGUGCGCACGUUAGAUUUUACCGGAUGUGAUAUAUCCAAGUUACCUGAAGCAAUUGACGUACUAACUCAUCUACGCUACAUAGCACUUCCUGAUACUAUCAAGACCAUACCUGAAUCUGUGAGCAGAUUACUGCAUCUUCAGACUUUUGAUAUUCCAAAGAAGUGCCAGCUUGAUGGAUUUCCUGAGGGUAUGCACCAGUUGACCAGCUUGCGACAUCUUGGCAUCGAGUCAAAAUACAUCUCAACAAUAAGAGGUAUUGGUAGUCUGGUUAACCUUCAAGGUUCUGUUGAGUUCCAUGUUAAAAAGGAAAAGGGGCGAACCUUAGAAGAAUUGAAGGAUAUGAGGGAUCUCCAUGGGCUUCUUAGCAUCAAGAAUCUGGAAAAUGUUCAAUGCAAAGAGGAAGCUUGCGAAGCUCAAUUGGCAAAUAAGCAACAUGUGAACAUUUUAAAAUUUGAAUGGAGUGUUGCCAAUUUAGAUUUUGGUCCCAACAUAGAUGCUGAAGUAUUGAACUGCUUACAACCUCAUCCCAAUCUGGAAGAACUUCACAUUGCAAGGUACAAAGGGGCAUCAUCGCCGAGGUGGUUGCAGCUGAAAACGUUGUCCCACCUGAAAUGCCUGUAUCUAGCUAAUUGCAGAAGGUGGGAGUGGCUUCCUCCUCUGGGGCAGCUUCCAUCUCUGAGGGUGUUGCACCUGAAGGAAAUGAAUUCUGUUGCUGAAAUUGGCCCUUCGUUCUAUGGUGGCUUGAUGGCAUUUCAAUCUCUAAAGGAUCUUGAAUUUGAUGACAUGCCGAAUUUAGUUCGCUGGACAGGAGAAACUGGUAACUCAUUUCUCCCUUCCCUGCAAAAGUUGAAGAUUUCCAACUGUCCAAAGUUGGAUGAAGUGCCCUUGCUUCCUUAUACAAUAAAAAGAGUGACGGUAGAACGAAGUAAAGUUUCGCAUCUCAAGUUGUCCCCUCAUUGUUCAUCUAGAUCAAGCAAAUUCAUGUUGGAAAUUUCUUCCACGAGUAUUCUGAGUGAAGGGUUCUUAUUACAUCAGCAACACCUUGAAGCUACCGAGGUUCUAAACAUUAGGGGUUGUUGGGGAUCAGUGGCUGCCGAAAAAUUUAAGUUACUAACAUCACUAAGAAAACUACGGUUAUGGCAGUGCGACAUGGAUGAUGCAAGGCUUAAUUUGUGUUUGCAACACUUAACUGUUCUCGCUUCCUUAGAGAUAAUUGACUGCAAGAAUAUCAAAUCAUUUGUCUUGCCAGUUGGUUCAAGGUAUUUUACAACACUUCAACACUUGUGCUUUGAGAAUUGCCUGAACCUUUCCUCCUUGGCUACCUUGGAAAGCUCCAUUUUCCUGAAAAGUUUGAUCAUUGAGAGGUGUCCAAUGGUCACAGCAGUGUCCCUACCUUCUGAGAUGAAGAGAAUGACAUCUCUUAAUAAACUGAGUAUAUCACACUGCCAAGGGUUUCAGUCAUUGCCGAGCAGUAUCCCGCCAUCCCUGGAAUUUCUUCAUUUGGUUGGGUGUGACUCGAGGUUGACUGAAGGGUUACUUGAGAGGCAAGGUCCAGAGUGGGAGAAGAUUGCCUUUAUCUCCCAAAUCACAGUAUACUAAUUGUAUGGCUUGUGUUAGUUUGUUGAACGGAUUUGGAUUCUGGACCAUGGUGUUCCUCAUAGUUCAUCUUCUGCUCACCUCUGCUAGGUUUCUGCCGAUAGUUUGUGUGUCGUUAUGGAGCCAAUAUCUGGAUUUCAUACAUGAAGCUAGCACUCUACGUACACCUGAAAGCAUACCUACAAAUAGAAUUGGAAUGUCUUGAUGAGAUUCUUGGGAACUCCAAAGCUUUGUGAAGAAGCAAUCACUAUCUACUGGCCAAUGCAAAUGCGGUUGAUCAUUCGAAGGCAUGGCCUACUUAUGUACCGCAAGCUAAAUCCGCUGGAACUUAUGGAGUAGAAGCUCUUGUGGUCAUAGUUUAAAAACCUAAUUUGACUGCAUUGCUUGCCAGCAUAUGGAGUCUCCAUCUGUCACUUCACUUACCCAUGAAGUUGCUUUGCUUUGCUUUGGCAUUUCAGUUAAUCUCUAAGAUGUAUGACUCUCGGAAGGUAUAAUCCCAGAAAGGUGAAGAUCAAGUGUUAAUGCAAGUGUUUCAAGAGAGAGCAUACCACAGGUUUUGUGAGACACUAACUAGUUACUGCAAUGUAAAUGCUGCCAUAUGAACAGGAUAAAUGGAUUAGUGCUCCCUGUAAAUUGUGUAGUUGUUUCCGAUAGUAAACAUCAACACCAUACAUAUAAAUGGUUGAAAUUGAAAUAAUGUGUAUGUUGUACAUAAAUUGCUGGCAUACUACAAGUUGUACUGAAA